GCCAGGGGCAAGCAGCUGCUGUUUCCUACGGCUCGCAGCAGUUUGGGGGGACACCAACAGGAUGCCAUGGGGGAGAAGUGGCUCGGCGGCCCUACUGCUGCUCUCAGUCAGAGGUAUCGGACGGGCCAAGGCCAGUGUGGAUAUGGGAGGCAGAGAGGAGGUAGUGGUGAGCAGGCUCGAUUCCAACAUGCAGUUUCCACGCUCCAGAUUGAGUCGUUUCAGGCUCCGUCCAAACAAAAGCCCAGUGAGGGGCAAACGCAUGAAGUCAAAGCUCCAUAAGACAAAAGCAAGAGAUCCCAGCCCCACCGAGAUGAGCGUGGACUCCUGGGCCGGCACGCAGGACCAGGCAGCCGCUGAACACUCACACAGCACGCACACGCCGCCGCCCUCCCAGGACCAGGAGCAGCAUCCCGACGAACUCUGUCUGGACUCAUUUUGGAGUGAGGUUGAGACUAUUCGACAGGGGAGUGGCUACACAGACCUCGACUGCACCAGAAGAGACUCCAGACAGUCAGAAGAGGGAGAGCAAGAGGAGCAGUGGCUGGCUGAUGCUGGCUUGUCGAACCUCAUCAGUGAGGACAGCGAGGAUGUAGACAACGCGGUGUUGCUGUCCACUCUGACUCGGACGCAGGCCGAGGCCGUCCAGCGUCGACUGGAUUCCUACACUCUGUCUCUCCGCAAACGGAACAAACCACCUCCCCGCGACGUUCGUGACAUCUUCCAUUCACCUAUUGCUCAGACCCUUCUGCCAGAGUCUCAGCAUAGUGAAGACCUUGCCCAAAACAGUAUGGCAUCGGUUGCCAAAACACCCCUAUCAGCUGUGACACCGGAGCAUCAGCGAGGUGCUCCUAAAGAAGAAUUCUUCAUCACUGAUGUGGCCUACUGCGAACAGGCUGUCAUCUUCCUCAAACAAGCCAAACUGCCACAGAACAACAGCCAACGCAGGAAAGAGGACGGCACCCUGCCUCGGGUGAUCUGCCCCAAGUGCCGUCUAGGAGUGACUCGUAUUCAAGAUCUGUCCCAUGCUGACAUGAAGAAGGUGCGUCAGUUGGCUCUCAUUGACAUGACGGCGCUGUGUGACCUCCUAGAGCUGGAGGUCAAAAGGCACAAAACCGGCAAGAGGAAAAUCCCAGAGAGUACGCUCUUUGGGGUGCCGCUGGCCACGCUGCUGGAGACUGAUCAGAAAAUGAAGUCCAACACCUCAAUUCCUCUGUUCCUGCAGGCGUUGUUGUCGUUUCUGGAGAAGAAAGGAGUAGAUUCGGAGGGGAUCCUACGGGUUCCAGGGUCUCAGUCCAGAAUCAAGCUGUUGCAGCAAUACUUGGAGACCAACUUCUACUCAGGGCAGGUCAGCUGGGAUGAAGUGAGUCCAAAUGAUGCUGCUGCACUACUCAAGAAGUUUAUUCGCGAACUGCCUGCUCCUCUGCUCACCGCUGAGUACCUCAACACCUUCAGUGCUGUCAGAGACAUCACAGAGCUAAAGCAGAAACUCCACAUGUUGAACUUGCUCAUCCUGCUGCUGCCUGAGCCCAACAGGAACACACUAAAGGCUCUGCUUGAGUUCCUCAGUAAGGUGGUUUCCAGGGAGAAGAGGAACAGGAUGAAUCUGUGGGCCGUCGCAACCAUCAUGGCUCCCAACCUCUUCCUCCAUAAGGCCGUCCCCAGCAGACUGACUGAGGGGGCAGAGAAAGGACAGGCGGAGAAGGCAGCUGACGUUAUGAGGCUCCUCAUUCGCUACCAGGACCUGCUCUGGACGAUCCCUAAUUUCCUCAUGAGCCAGGUGCGUAAACUGAAUGAGAACAGUAACCGGCGUUACCAGUUCUAUGAUCGCCGCAUCAAGAACCUGCUGAGGAAGAUUCAUACAGACAGCAGAGAGAAACCUGACAAAAACAACUCAGAGCCGCGUCGUACAGUCAAGAUCCAGGUUGGUGAUCUGGUGAGCGGCACAAUGGAAUUCCAGCUCAAUAUCAGCUCACGAGCCUCAGACCUGCUUGCCCAGUUUCACCGCCAGUUCCUCCGUAGCCCUGAUAAUGGAAAAGGAAAAAUGCGAAGAAACGGCUCUGUGGUGUAUCCAGACUGCGCCCUGUACGAAGUGGGAGGGAAUAUCGGUGAGCACUGUCUGGAUCCCGACACACACCUCCUGGAUUUAUACAACAGUAACCCUGGAGGAGAAUGGUUCAUCAAGAUGAAACCUAAUGCCAGCAGAGGGCUGUAACGUCGAAGCCAUGGGACAGUGGAUGGACGGAUCGAGGAACGGGCAGCAGAAGAAUAGUAAAGGCAGAGUCUUAAGAAAUAUCAAAUCCAUGCAGCCAUUUCUUCUUCAUGUCCUGCAUAACCUCUGAGCAACAAGCGAGAAAGGAGACAGAUGGAGGAAGCAGAAACAGUUAGAUGCAGAAUCUGCCCAGAGCAGAGCCUCAAAACUGUCUGCGAUCACAUGAGCACACAUUGCCCUCUUUCUCUUUCUCUCUAUCUUUCUGUUUCCCUCUGUCUUCUUCUGCUCCUUUUCUCCCUUAACGCCAUCAUUGCUCUCCUGCCUUACUGCAGGCCUGCAACGCUGCGAGCAAAAAGCUGCCGACGUGUCUCAUUACUUCGAUGGAGAACCUGCGUCACAGAAAAGAGUAGAAAGCGAGUGAGAGAGGGAAAGCGGCUGGACAGUUUGCUUCACCAUCUUUUCUCUCAAGAAAUCUCCUACCAUGAGUGAGCAGAUGGGGUUGCAGAGCACCUCUGGCUAUAGAGAGCCGCCCUCCACCCGCUCAGACCAACCUCUGCUCCACAUACACAGACUAUGUGUUCUCCUAUUGUUGGUUUGAUCCAUCGAUCCAUUGUAAAGCUGCAACAUGAUAUAGGUUUUUUUGUGCAUAUUCUAAGCAAAAUGGGUACCUAACUAUGUACUUCAGUAUUCUGGCUGCAAUUAUUUUUUUGACAUUCAUCGCAGUCAUUGUUUUGUCAGUCUGAACUUAGAUAAACCAGGAAAUCAGCAAACAUGUACCCAUAUAGCAGGUCAGUAACUCCCCUACUUCCAACCUUUAAAAAUGUGGCUUUCUGGCUUUUUUUUUUUUUUUUUUUUUUAAACUAUAUUAGAAAACUCUCCAUCAGGAGACUGACAGGUAGUAAAAGACUGACAGGCAGACAAAGCGGAGAUUAUUUUUCUCUCAGCACAAAAGUUUUUGUGGGACUUGAUGUUCGAGGGCACAGUGUUCCCUGUUUUAAUAUCCUCUUUUAUCCACCAGCAGGGCUUUUCCUGGCUCGGAGUGACUACGUACCACACUGAGCAUAUUCCGUCUGCAUACAGUAAAGGCAAUGAAUCCGUGUUACCUUAUAAGACAGAAAUCCAUGCAUUUCCUCUUAUUUCUUACCAUAUGAAUAACCCCACUUCACUAAACUGCUUUAAACAAAUUACCUUUAGUUCUUGUUAUUUUGGUGCUGGCUAAAACCUCUUUAGUGGUUUAGUGUUACUCACCUGCUUGUGUUCAUGUAAAAAAACAAAAUUACAAGCCACACACAUGGCAAAAAUAGGUGUUCAGGAGAAACACAGCUGGGGAAAUCUGAUUUCUUUAUUGUUCUACCCUGAUUACAGAAACAAGUUUUCUCAUUUACAUGAUGUUUAAGAACUCAGCUUAUUGGAGCAAUCAGACUGUAAUCUGGUUAGUUAUGUCGGUGUAAACACAUUGAUUGUAGUAGAGGCACAUAUAGCCUCAAAUAUGGACAGAAAACCCUUGUAUCAGUUUUUUCUUCUUCUUUUUUUAUCUAAUAAGAAAACAGCAACAGGAGGAAAGGCACUCAAAAGUAAAAGCUGGAAAACAGACAUUUACUGACGGAUCAAUUAGGUAAUCAACUGACUGAUCCUUCUCAAUCACUCAUGUUCCUUCUCUCCUGCUACUGGCAUCUCCAUUCUGCAGAUUUGAUGUAAACAGAGACAGAAGGACUCUCUCUGUGUAUCGACCCCUUUCUACAUCUGUGCCAUUCAAAGAGGGACAAGACCUUGAUGAACUGAUAUUUGUCUAUCUGUGAAACCCUGUGGUCUCCUGGGUGUUAUAAAAAUCCAUGGACUUCCAAGGACCCCUGACUCGCACAGAACAGUGCUCAAAGAGACUUCUCUUUUCUGACACCAAGGGAUUUGGUGUCACAACCUCAAGGACAAUUGUUGUACCUCUAAAGGGAGUUGUUAAGGACAUACAGUGAAGCUGGUCUUCAGUGGUCAUGAAUGGAGGCGAAAGUGCUGAAGUGACUCCUGGAGCGUGGAGUAUUAUUAUUUAUAUGAAUGUAAUACCGUUGUUACUUCUGUAUUUGGUGAGUACUAUGUAGGAUAGAGAGACUUUAGGCUAAUGUGGAGUGCUGCACUCAGUGUACCAGUAUGUUUGCUAAGUCGCCCAUACUCAGUGUGGGAAUUUGCAGUGUUUGUGUACAUAUUGGGGUUUUUUUUUGUUUGUUUUUUUUUAAUGAAUCUCUUUACAUCUGUUUGUAGCACAAAUUUCCUUUGUAAAUAUUUCUCAUUCAUAUACAAUCUGCUGUGAGGAGAAACUACUGCAGUAGGAGUGUUUGUUGUGCUCAUGUUGCUACUCGAAGCCGUUCCAAACACGCAAGCAGCAAAUGAAUGUAUUAAACAUUUUGUACCAAUCAUCAGAUGUGAACCAUUUGCUCCUUGCAGCUGGAGCCAUGUUGGUGCUCCGCGGCCAUUUUGUGGGAAGUGUCUUGCACACUCUGUUCGAUAGAUGGGAGUAAUGACAGCCGGCCUAGGCACCCACAUCUAUCAACACCCUCUGCUCCAUCUCUGUCACCUCCCUGUAAUGGACCAUAAUGUCUGUGUGGUGCAUGCAUGAGAAACGCACACAGGAAUCACAUUUCUUUGAUAAAGCAGAAGGUAAUAAAUGAGUGUUAUAAAUUCUA